AUGAAUCUAAAUCUAAAAAAUCUUGAGUUCUUGUACAGUCUUCAUGGCCAGGUGCCGGGGAUGCUGGACUGGGACUUUGAGAAUGAGUUCGUCCUGCCUUGUACCACAGACCAAUGCCUGUUAACUGAGCAGAAUCUUCUCAAACACAGAUUUCUAGCAAUGAACCCCCCUCAGGUGCCUCAGAAGAGAAAAGCCAGUCUUAACAAAGAUGAUCCUCACAUUGAACCCAACCUGUGGAUGUGGGUGAAUCCUAACAUUGUGUGCCCCCUUGGCAUCCAAGGGUUCCCAAAUCCCAGUGAUAAAAAUGAUCUGAGAAGUAUGUGUCCUUUCCCUCAGCCACUCACUAUGGAUAAAGAGUCUAGCUGCUCAGAGGCUGCAGUGGUAGACUGCCAACCAUUUUUCCGAAGUGAUCAGUCUCCUAAAGUGAAGCACUUCACCUCUUCCAUCUGUGAGUUAGAGUUCACAGAAGAGAAAGUGAAGGAACGAGAAGACAACUCUUCUGCAGCCCUCCAGUUCCCUAACAAAGAGUGUAUUCAGCAGCAGAAAUCCUGGCAAAUUGAGAACCAGGAGAUAAGGUCCUGGUCACGACCUCCUCUCAAUUAUGGCCACCUAAUUGCCCUAGCAUUAAGAAACGGCUCCCCCUCUGGACUCAAUGUGCAAGACAUCUACAAUUUCAUUCGCCAACAUUUCCCCUUUUUUCAGACAGCUCCAGGUGGUUGGAAGAACACCAUUCGCCACAACCUUUGCUUCCUGGGGAGCUUCAGGAAGGUGCCAGUCAGACUUCAAGAUGAGAUUAAUGCAAGACCUCGAGCUUGCCUUUGGAUUCUCACUGAGGAAGGGCACCGCCGCUUUCAGGAGGAAACUCGUCCCUUGGCCUCUGCUCGGAAGCAGAUCAUCCAAAAGUGUAUGAGUCAGCCAGAUGUGAUGACUUCCCUAUUUAACCUUUGA